GUCAGUUGUCAGCAGACGUUCUGCUCCGAACACGGCAGUGACGUGGACUCAGGUCAGGCAGACUGGAGGGAUCAGGACCCUGGCUCUGAGGAUGGCAGGUGAGGGCUGUGACCUGAGCACCAGUCUUUCCCCCCAGUUCCUGCCCCGUACAGAAAACAGAAAGAGAGCAAGUAAACAACUUAAUGGACUAUCUUGAGCAACUGGAAAAGGAAGAACAACCCAAGCCCAAACCUAGCAGAAGAAAAGAAAUAACCAGGGCGGCACCUGUGGCUCAGGUGGACACAGACAGCCAGAACAUGGAAGAGAAAACACUAAAAGAGAAGUUUUUAACAGGGCUCGUUUUUAGGCACUUCAAAGAAAAUAAGGUGGAGAUUGCAAGUGCAAUAACACAGCCAUUUCCUUUCCUCAUGAGCCUCCGAGACCGUGCCUUCAUCUCAGAGCAGAGGUUUGAAAAUGUUCUAGAAGCUUGUAGAAACCUGGUCCCAGUGCCAAGAGUGAUGUACGAUGUCCUCAGUGACCUGGAGAAGACGUUUGAUGUGUUACUUCUGGAAACAUUGUUCAGCAGGGUUAACCUGAAGGCCUAUCCUGAUUUAAAUGAGGUUUUCAGAAGCUUCCAAAAUGUGGUCCCAGACCAAUCAUAUUUACAAGGAAGUGAUGAAGAAGAGAGAUGGGAGGGACCCAGUAGCCAACUAAGCCUUCAACAAGGUACAGACCUACCCAGCCUUGAACUUCAAAGGAAUUUAUGUCCUGUGUGUCAAGUGGAUAUAAAGAAGGAAGAGCCAUUUUUUAACUCAGAAGUUGAGCAAAAAGUUCAAGCAAGAACUAAGCAUACCCAGGCAUCUGACACAAUAGUUAUCCAUGAUGAUGACUCUGAAGAAUCCAGUGAUGAACAUGAGCCCUUGGAAAUCUCCAUCUUAUCAGCAGAAAAGAAUCCUGUGAUCAAUAUUGAUGAUCCUUCUGAAUCUACAGAGGCAGAGGAGGACCAAGAAGGUACUUUCUCACCAUAUCAGACUGCACUAGGGGAAGACCUACCCGUCCAAAGAAUCCAAAGUAAUUCCUGCUCUGUGUAUCUAGUGGACAUAAUGAAGAACAAGUCAUUUUUUAACUUAGAUGUUGAGCAACAAGCCCAAGCAAGAAUUAACCAUAACCAGGCAUCUAACAUAAUGGGCAUCAGCAGCGAGGAAUCUGAAGAAUCUAGUGAUGAAGAUGAGCCACUACUCUUUGAUCAAGCACUAGAAAGUGAGCCUGAGGUCAGUAACUAUGACUCUUCAGAAUCAAGUGAAGGAGAGGACAUCCAAGAAGUCACUUGCUCACAACUCCAGACUGCACCAGGGCAAAAGAGAAGACACAUAGAUAGUGUUAGUAGUCCCCCAAGAGAGAGAAGGAGAGGCAGACCUAGAAUCAACAUUCCUGUGAGCGACAGAGGCCCAGGGAAAAGAUACCAACCAACAGUUUCAAGAUUUUCCAGAGAUAAAAAUAUGAACUUUCAACUUCCUGAACUUCCUGUGACCUGUGGUAAUCUGAAAGGGACCCUAUACAAGGAGAAAUUGAAACAAGGAAGCUCAGAGAAGUGUAUACAGAGUGAGGAUGGAAGGUGGUUCACCCCCAAGGAAUUUGAAAUGGAAGGAGGCUAUGCAAAAUCCAAAAACUGGAAGCAAAGUAUACGCUGCGGUGGAUACCCCCUGAAACACCUGAUAGAGAAUGGAUAUCUACAACCACCACCAAGAACAAGAAAGGGGCGGAGAAUACUGAAGUCUCACAACAAGACCUUAGCUGACCCUUGUCAAAAAAACUCCAAUAUAUGUGAGGUGUGCAGAAAAUGGGGAAAGAUGUUCUGCUGUGACACCUGCCCAAGAUCCUUUCAUGAGGACUGCCACAUCCCACCUGUGGAACAUGAGAGGAAUCCAUGGAGUUGCAUCUUCUGUGAGAUAAAGGCUAUCCAAGAAAGAUGCCCAGAAAGCCCACCAUGUCAUCAGGAAUCUGAGGUCCUGGUGAGACAGAUGCUGCCUGAGGAACAGUUGAAAUGUGAGUUUGUCCUCUUGAAGGUCUACUGUGAUGCAAGAAGUCUUUCUUUUGACUCAGGACCAUAUUAUAGGAGAGGUAGAUCUCAGGGUCCAGAAAAGCCCAUGUGGUUAAACAAAGUCAAGGAAACCCUGAAUGAGAAGAUGUACCCCCAAGUGAAGGGGUUUGUGGAGGACAUGCGCCUCAUCUUUCAGAACUACAAGGUAUUUUACAGGGACAAGAAAAGCAUCAAGGGACUUCAAGUAGAGCACAACUUUGAGAAGAAUUUCAAAAACAUUUUUGCAAUUCAAGGAACAAGCAGGAAAAAUUUUUGAUUUGAGCCCAUAUUAUAUUAACUUGGCUCAUUUUCACAUACUCCCUUCGGACUCCUCAGCAGCUUGGGACACAAAGUGCUGGUGGCCCCCUAAUCUCUAUACGUUCAUGUACAAUCACCAUAUCACUCUCCUUUCCCAAACUUUUCUCAUGGCCAUUUCUGGUCAUUCAUUUUUAUAAAUACAAAUGGAAAUUGUCUUAUCAAAUUCUCUUAUUGAAUAAUUCAAAGUGAAGGUUAUAAUUGAAAAUAUGAAGUCGUUCUGUAAAGGUUCAUACUAUAUCCUUCCAUUUAUUCAAACCAUUUGUGAGGUUCUUCAGUAAUGUUUACUCUUCCCUUUCCCACACAGGACAUCAUUUCUUUUUCUUUCUUUCUUUUUUUUUUUUUUACUUUCAAAACUUUUGUACUUUUGGUUGUUACUGUGAAAGUGAUCUUUUCGCCCAUUAAACUGUAUUACUGAUUAUU